UAAUUUGUUUGUUUAUAAUCAUACACCUAAACACACACACUCUCUCUCUCCCCCCGAAGAAAAACACAUUUUCUAGAGAGAAGAAGCUCACAAUCCCAACACCAAAAAGAAUACUAGAAUAUACGUCUCCAAAUCUCGACUCUCUCUCUGUCUCUCUCUCUCCAUCUAUCUACGCGCAUUAUGACAGAUUAGAAACCAUAGACUGAGGUCGUGAAGUGGCAGUGAAACAGUGUUAUUAGAUCCGAGAUGGCGGAGGUUCCCGGCGACGGAGGGGGAAUGUCGCCGGCGGAUGUUCUGGCGGCGCCAUUGUCGGCGUCGGGAUCGUUCAGGGGUUCGCGGCAGCGGAGAGCUCCGGCGCGGCCGCCGAGCAUGGACGCCGACGAGUUCAUGAACCUGCUCCACGGGUCGGAUCCGGUCAAGGUGGAGCUCAAUCGAUUGGAGAAUGAAGUCAGGGAUAAGGAUCGAGAAUUGGGGGAAGCAAAUGCGGAGAUCAAGGCACUGAGGUUUUCAGAUCGCCUAAGAGAGAAGGCAGUUGAAGAGCUAAGUGAAGAAUUGGCAAAGGUUGAAGGAAAGCUCAAGUUAGCAGAAUCUCUUCUAGAAAGCAAAAAUCUUGAGAUAAAGAAAAUCAACGACGAGAAGAAGGCCUCUAUGGCAGCUCAGUUUGCUGCAGAAGCCACUCUCCGAAGGGUUCAUGCUGCCCAAAAAGAUGAUGAUAUGCCUCCCAUUGAAGCCAUCCUUGCACCGCUGGAGGCUGAACUCAAACUUGCCCGUCAAGAGAUUGCAAAGCUGCAGGAUGACAACAAGGCGUUAGAUCGCCUCACCAAAUCCAAAGAAGCUGCUUUGCUUGAAGCUGAGCGGACUGUUCAGGUUGCCUUGGCAAAGGCUUCCAUGGUGGACGAUCUUCAGAAUAAGAACCAAGAGUUGAUGAAGCAGAUAGAAAUUUGCCAGGAAGAAAAUAAAAUUUUGGAUAAAAUGCUCCGCCAAAAGGUUGCUGAGGUUGAGAAGCUUACCCAAACUGUGCAUGAGCUUGAAGAGGCUGUCCUUGCUGGGGGUGCAGCUGCAAAUGCUGUGAGGGAUUACCAGCGCAAAGUUCAAGAGAUGAAUGAGGAGAGAAAAACUCUUGAUAGGGAGCUCGCACGUGCAAAAGUGACAGCAAAUAGGGUGGCUACAGUUGUAGCUAAUGAAUGGAAAGAUGCUAAUGACAAAGUAAUGCCCGUGAAGCAAUGGCUUGAGGAAAGAAGGUUUUUGCAGGGAGAGAUGCAGCAACUCCGGGACAAGCUCAUUAUAGCUGAUAGAACUGCUAAAUACGAAGCUCAGUUGAAAGAAAAAUAUCAACUGCGACUCAAAGUACUAGAAGAUAUUUUGAGAUCAUCAAACAGUAGCAAUCGUCUCACCUUAGAGGGAAGUAAUAUAAACAGUGGCCCUUCACGUCGCCAAUCUCUGAGUGGAGCUGAUAACAUCUCUAAAUUGGCCUCCAAUGGCUUUUUGCCCAAGAGAUCUCCAUCCUUUCAGUUGAGAUCGACCUCAUCUUCUGGUUCCAGUUCAAUAUUAAGGAAUGCAAGAGGGACUUCGAAAUCAUUUGAUGGCGGUACACGGUCAUUAGAGAGGGGUAAAAUCCUUUUGAAUGGAACAUCUCCAAAUUUUGAUCUCGAGGGCAUGAAGGAUGCUGCAACCACUAGUAAUACCUGUAAAGAGAAUCCAGAAGAAAAAGCCCAAGACUUACCUGCAACGGAUACGGAGGAUAGUGUGCCUGUAGUGUUGUAUGAUUUGCUACAAAAAGAAGUAAUUACUUUGAGGAAAGCUGGUCAUGAAAAGGAUCAAAGUCUUAAAGACAAGGACGAUGCAAUUGAGAUGUUGGCAAAGAAGGUUGAUACUUUAACUAAAGCGAUGGAGGUUGAGGCCAAGAAGAUGAGAAGAGAAGUUGCUGCCAUGGAGAAGGAGGUAGCUUCUAUGCGCGAGGAUAAAGAACAUGAAAACAGGGCCAAACGGUUUGGGAAUUCCAAGGGUCCUGUAAGCAGUUCUCAGGCUCUGCCUGCAAGAAACACGGGACGAGGCGGGUUGAUGCGUAGCACCCAAUAAUAAGAAGCCCCAACGACAGAUGGAAGGAGUAAUUCAGCACGGGCCUUUUCUUGGGUCAUUUCCCUCUUCCUCUCCCCGAUUUCUCCUAUUUAGUGGUUGAUUCUACUGCUAGCAUGCCAGUGGUCAUUUAUUCCGAGUUUAGCAAGAAGAGGAAACUCGAAAUCAGAAAAAACCAGUGGACGAUGUUGGUAUGCUUCUGACUUAGACUGCUAUCCUUUUGCUAAGAAAUCAGCAGAGCACGAAAGCAAGGAUACAAUGUUGAUCAGCUAACCAUUGGGGGGAUUAAUGUUUGCGUGGUCGUAACCGUUUGUUGUAUAGUUAGCUUGUGGGCGUUUCCUAAUAUUAUUACUUCUCAUUUGCGGUCUAAAUUUGUUAUCUGCUGCUAGCAUGGGUGUCGUUGGUUCAGUUUUGUCAAUGUUCUGGUAAUCAGAUGAAGCUCACAGUUCCCAUGACUGUGUCUGUGAUUAGCAUAGACUUUGUUUCUGAGUUAUAUACACAUGUCUACACUUGAACAG